AUGCCCUCGGAUCCGAUGAAAAGCCCUGGCCAGCUGUUGGGUGACGGAUCUACGCAAGCACCAGCACUCGCAACAUCAAAUUGUUCAACUCAGGUCCACUACCAGCGUUACACGAUUGUUCAAGGCUGCUCCAGGUUCAAAAGUACGAUAGUGCUUGGUGAAAACGCUUCGCUCGACCAGGGGAACAUAUUCGACGGCAGUCCAUCCGAAAGCUUCAGGCAAGAGGGAUCGGAAUUUGGGGGUGACAUCCAGGGGGGUAAAUCGGCGAGAUUAUGCCAGGGAAAUAGGAUCAACGGGCGCAAAGCCAAAACUAGCGAAAACGACAGCCCUGAGAGUAAAUUCCAAGCUCCCCAGCAAGGAGAUGGCAUGAGUGCCUAA